CACUAACCAGCACAGCUCACCAUGCUUAAGAUCGUGAUCCUGUUGUCCGCCGUGGCCUGCGCCCUGGGAGGCACCAUCCCCGAGGGUCUCCUGCCCCAGCUGGAUGGCCGCAUUGUCGGAGGUACCGCUACCACCAUCACCAGCUUCCCGUGGCAGAUCUCUCUGCAGCGUAACGGUGGCCACUCCUGCGGUGGUUCCAUCUACUCCGCCAAAAUCAUUGUGACCGCCGCUCACUGCCUGCAGUCCGUGUCCGCCUCGUCCCUGAAGGUCCGCGCUGGAUCCAGCUACUGGAACUCCGGCGGCAGCCUGAUCAGCGUGGCUGCUUUCCGCAACCACGAGGGCUACAACCCCAGCACCAUGGUCAACGACAUCGCCGUGAUCCGUCUGAGCUCCUCCAUUGCCUUCAGCUCCUCCGCUAAGGCCAUCGGUCUGGCCACCUACAACCCGGCCAAUGGUGCCGCCGCCUCCGUUUCCGGCUGGGGCACAGAGUCCUCCGGCUCUAGCUCCAUCCCUAGCCAGCUGCGGUACGUCAACGUGAAGAUCGUGAGCCAGUCGCAGUGUGCUUCCUCCGCUUACGGAUACGGCAGCCAGAUCAGGUCCACCAUGAUCUGUGCCUACACCGCCGGCAAGGACUCCUGCCAGGGUGAUUCCGGUGGCCCUCUGGUCUCCGGUGGCGUCCUUGUUGGUGUUGUCUCCUGGGGAUACGGUUGCGCCUAUGCCAACUACCCCGGUGUCUACGCCGAUGUGGCUGUCCUUCGCUCCUGGGUGGUCAGUGCCGCUAACAGCGUUUAAGCACUUAGUCCGUGUCUUGGAUGCUAAUUUCAUUAAAUAAAACUUUGGAGUACAGAGCAUAA